AUGCUGUGGAAGACUAUUCUCCAAUUUAAUCUCCUGUCAGGAGCACUAUCCACCUCGACAAGCAAUGUGCUUCACGAGAAGCGGUACGUUCCUCGUGUGGCAGAAGGACGGCGUGUCCAUGGCGAUUCCAUAAUCCCAGUGCGCAUCGGUUUCAAGCAACAGAAUAUCUAUACUGGCUAUGACCGUUUGAUGGACAUUUCGCACCCUUCCUCCCCAAAUUACGGCAAGCAUCUGACAAAGGAGGACGUGCAUUCUUUCUUUGCGCCUACCGAUGAGACGGUGGAUACGGUCAAGAACUGGCUACUGGGCUCUGGCAUUGUCAGCGAGAAUGAUAUUGUCCAGUACGAGAACAAGGGUUGGAUGGCAGUCGACAUGCCUGCUAAAAAUGCUGAAAGCCUGUUGGGUACCGAGUUCUACGAGUUUGAUGGUGUCAAUGGUGAUAUUCGCAUUGGAUGUGAUGAGUACUAUCUUCCAGAGCAUGUCUCAUCUCAUGUUGAUUACAUCAAGCCUGGUGUGAAGCUCUCUGCGCCAUUGAAGAAAGUGCAAUCAAUUGAGAAACGUGGAAAGACUUCUACCAUCCCUCGUCGUCCACCGCAUAUUAUGCCAACGGAGAAGCCGAUUUGGAGGCCGCCACCUGCAGCUCAGGGAUUGCAUCCGGAUCUUCAAGGCUGCAGUGUCAAUAUCACUCCAGCUUGUAUCAAAGAGCUGUACGGGAUACCCUUGGCAACCCAUAUUCAGCCAGAGAAUGCCAUGGGUUUGUUUGAGUCUUACGAUGCCUUCUCGCAAGAGGAUGUCUCUCUAUUCCUCCAAGACUUUGCGCCUAAUGUUCCCGUCGACACAAAACCAACUGUCAUCUCCGUAGACGGCGGCCACGCACCUGUAUCUCCUUCGAGCGAGCGCAACAUGGGAGAAUCCGACAUUGAUCUGGACCUUGCCAUAUCCUUAAUCUAUCCACAGUCAGUGACUGUCUACCAAGUCGAUGACCUGCCGAAUUCGUCUGGGGGAACUAACGUUACUGGCUUUCUCAAUACGUUCUUGGAUAGUAUCGAUGGUAGUUAUUGCAACUACUCGGCCUAUGGAAUCACAGGUGACAGCCCGGGCAUUGAUGCUUCGUAUCCAGACUCCUUGUCCGAUGGGUAUCAAGGAAAACGGCAAUGCGGAACAUAUAACCUCACUCGCGUUGUGUCUAUCUCUUACGGAGAAGCAGAGAUUGGUCUUCCCAAGGCAUAUGUCGAGCGACAAUGCACUGAGAUACUGAAACUCGGCCUUCAGGGACAUACGAUCCUCACUGCUAGUGGCGACUAUGGAGUGGCAUCUUUCCCCGGUAGUAAUGGUGAUGAAUAUGGUUGUAUGAAGACUACCGACAACAUGUCAGGAACAAUCUACAACCCCGAUUAUCCCGCCGGUUGCCCUUAUAUCACGGUCGUUGGCGGGACCAGGUUGUACCCCAAUGACACCGUCCACAGCACCGAGUCUGCGAUGCAGGUGAACCUGACUGCCUAUUACCAGACAACUUACCCCGGCCUUACUAGCAGUCCUUAUGAUUUCUUUGCCACUGGCGGCGGGUUUUCCAAUUACUUCAAACCAGCUGAUUUCCAGGCUGAGGCUGUUGCCUCCUACCUGAAACAAAAGGACUUGCCUUUUCAGAAGCUCCCUUACUACAAAGCCAACGAACAGGCCACAAACAUUGGUGAAAAUGGCGCCGCCUACAACCGAGCCGGCCGCGGCUAUCCUGACGUCUCGGCCAACAGCGCAUUUCUACUUGCCUAUGUGAAUCGCACGCUAGGACCGGACUUUGGCACUUCAUUGGCAUCGCCGAUUUUUGGAGCGGUUAUCACGCUGAUUAAUGAAGAGCGCACUGCUGUUGGGAAAGGGCCGGUGGGGUUUAUUAAUCCUGCGUUGUAUGCCAAUCCGUCUGUUUUGAACGAUAUCACGAAUGGGUCGAAUCCUAAUUGUGGCUCCCAGGGCUUCCAGGCAUCUCGGGGAUGGGACCCUGUCACUGGGCUUGGAACGCCGAAUUACCCUCGUAUGCUGGGCUAUUUUUUGAGUUUGCCGUAG